UAUAAAUGCUGCCUGGUUCCAUGUCUCAUUCUGAUUUCUGAAGCUGAGGUUGAGACAAGUCAAACCAUUUGAUAGCUGAUCUACGAUACAUCUGCACGGAGAAAUUGAGACGACUCACUUGUUGAGACUUUUUCACAUUGAAAAUCCCAUCGCUUUACUACAUUUUACCAGUGCAAUCUGAAUUAUCCGUAAAAAGUAGACAACAAUGGUUGCAAGUCGGUAAACAGUGUGCGAUUUAUUAGCAAACAAUAGUACAAAACAAAAAAUACAUCAAAUAAUUGUCAUCAUCGUAUUUAAAAACCAAAACUAAUUACUUGAAAUGGCUGCGAUCGGGAGUAGAUUGUUGCAGAACUGGAAGUUAAUAUUCACGAUAGUCUUGCCCCUCGUGCUACUGCCGUUACUAUUUAUAGAAUACGAGGAUGCCGCUAUCUGUAAAACUGCGAGCAAUCAUGGUCCCUCAAAUGUGGCUUUCAAAGCGGCGUAUGUUAUCUUAAUCGUGGCCAUUUUUUGGAUGGUUGAAGCCCUACCACUUGCGGUCACUUCGCUACUUCCGCUUGUUCUCUUCCCCUUCUUAGGGGUACGAGAUUCAUCCUCCGUUUCAGCGUCCUACAUGAAAGAAACGAACGCCAUGUUUUUGGGGGGCCUUAUAAUCGCUUUGGCGGUUGAGUAUUGUAAUUUGCACCGAAGGAUAGCAUUGCGUGUUAUGACAAUUAUUGGGAGUAGUCCGAUAAGAUUGAUGGCAGGAAUAAUGUUAACGACAAUGUUUCUCAGCAUGUGGAUGUCAAAUACGGCGACGGCAGCGAUGAUGGUUCCGAUCGUGCUGGCUAUUGUUGAUGAGUUGCACAAUACACCUGUGGCCACUGAUCGCCCUGAAGGUGGAAAUUCAAGCAAGCGUCCAAGUAAACAAAUGAGCUUAGAAAUGGGGGCAGAGUUCGCUAGUACGAAUCAGCUAACAUCUCAACAAAGUCUGGAGGAUUUGGAGUUGGAAGCAAAACUCAUAAAAAAUAAAAAGAUGUACAUGUUUGCUGUCGCGUAUUCUGCCAACAUAGGCGGCACUGGGGUAAUUACUGGAACGGGGCCUAAUUUGGUCUUUCAGGAUGUUAUUAAGAACGUGGAUGUUGGACAAAAUGGGAAAUAUUUAGACAUGACUUUUGCAACAUGGAUGGCUUUCAACGUUCCAGGAAUGCUUCUCAACAUCUUUGUGGCAUUUGUUUAUCUGACUUUCCAAUUUCAUGGAGUUCCAAAUUGGAGAUAUUGGCCUCUUAUUUCGCUAUGCUCAAAGAAAAGGACUCUAAACUCGGAAGAACAAAUUGAGCGUGUUCGAGAGGAGAAAGUUGCCAAGCUGCUGAUGUCCGAGUAUAGGAAACUUGGUCCGAUGACGUUUCAUGAAAUGGGAGUCGGUUUCGUAUUCUUUACGACUGUGAUGCUCUGGUUGUUUCGCGACCCCAGAUUCAUGCCUGGUUGGGACGAACAAAUUGAAGGUGCAGAGAUCGGAGACGCCACUGCGGCCAUGUUAGGCGUCAUGCUAUUGUUCAUCAUUCCAAAGGACUUGAGCUUCAUUCUUGGAACUGCCAAACCUGGUAAAACUCCAGAGGCACUUUUGGACUGGAAAUUUAUUCAGAAGAAUCUUCCAUGGGGUGUGGUCUUGUUGCUGGGUGGUGGUUUUGCCCUCAGUGACUCUUCUGACGCUUCACGACUGUCGUGUUGGAUUGGUCAACAAUUAGCAAACCUGGAUUCUCUACCUAAUCCGGUGAUUUUAAUUAUCGUAAUGGUUUUGACAGCCCUGGUCACUGAAGUUUGCAGCAAUGUAGCUACCGCAAACGUAAUUUUGCCGAUCCUGCUAACUCUUUCAAGAAGUUUAGGAAUUCACCCCUUAUACCUCACCGUACCAGCAACGGUGACAUGUUCGUAUGCCUUCAUGCUUCCGGUCGCAACCCCUCCGAAUGCUAUCGUGUUUGCUGCUGGAGAUUUGAGAAUCAGGGACAUGGUGAAAGCUGGAGCGUUCUUGAACCUUUCCUGCACAAUUGUGUUCUUCCUAGUCAAUAUUUCAUACGGCGAAUUGCUAUUCAACUAUUCUGGUUAUAUUUAUGAAAAUGCCACAGCCUUUUAAAUGUCGAUGUUGAUAAUUAUUUGAUGAGUGAAAGCUGUGAAGUAAGUAUUUUUUAUUUAUUUUUUAAAUCCCGAUGUACAGUAUAGAUUAAUUUAUUGAAAAAUUGUUGUAUAUUUUAAUACGUAAUCGUAAUAAUAAUUUAUUAACAACAA